AACAACAGUCAAGGGUUAUUGUCUCUCGAAAACCUAGAAUCGUUCUUUCUCUUUUCUUGUCAAUAUUCUCCAUGGCUGGGUCUAGCAAGAAAUCCGACACCAAAAGUGAAGCAGCAGCUCCUGCUGUGAUUAAGGCCACGAAGUCUCAGGAUUCAAGGACCAAAGUACAUCUGAAGAAGCCGAAGAAAGUCGUGAUUGCUCCUGCCGAGAAGAAAAAGAUCACGAAAGGAUUCGUCAGGAAAAACUUUGAGAAGAAGGAGAUGAUCAAAGAAUUCGCUGAUCGUCUUCAGCGUCUCGAAGCAAAGGUGGAUUUGUUGGUAACAAAGGCGGAUUUGUUGGCAACAAAGGCGGAUAUACAGGAGCUUUUCAUCCCAGCCAAGUGUGAGAAAGUUCCUGCCAUGAAACCACUUGCUAAGGCUGCUUCUGACAGCGAUGACUCAUACAUGGACACCUCUUCGGAGGAUGAAUCAUCUUCUGGUGAGGAACUUGCAAAGAAACCUGCUGCAAGUGCCGCCAAGCCAGCUGCUAAUAAUUCUUUAUUCUCUGUUGGUGGCAAUGGUCAAUCGUUCUCUGUUACGGGAUUUGACUCUUCCCUUCCUGUGGAUGAUAUCAAGAGCGCAUUGAGUAUAUAUUUCAGUUAUUUUGGGGAGAUCACACGCGUAUUUGUUCCCCCAAGCCACGGAACCGGUGGUUCCUUAGGAUAUGCUUACAUUGAUCUGAUAGAAGGAGCAGACAAGGCGUUGGAACUUGGUACACAUGACGUGGGAGGAUGGAAUCUUGUAGUUGGUAAGGCUGAACCAAUACGCAGUGGAAGUACUUGGCCUUUUCCUGGCCGUUGUGGCAAUCAGGGCCGUUGUACCUUCUGUUGAAGGCUUGAAGCUUUGGUGGUAAUUUACCACUGGUAAAGUUAGACACUGCUCGUGGAAAUAGACCUAGUUUUACUCCCUCCCUAAAGUAAGAAGACUAACUAGAAGCAGAGGAAGAUAUGUGGUGUUUUAAUUUGUGAUACAAUGCAACAUUUUUAUUACUUGUGAGUUUUUUCUUUAGGUUCUAGUUAAGUUUUUGUCCAAUGUUAAUGUAAACUCAAUUUUGAGUUCUAUUGGUUUUAAAGAAGAAAUAAAAACUCAGGUCGCGAGUACUUGUUAA